GUAACGCAUGUAGCAUGUGGAUACGGUUUUACCAUUUUUGCAUGUCACCCGCACCCUUCAGGAACGGUAUUUGGUACCGGACUCAAUACAUCAUGUCAGCUCGGUUUUCAUCUUAGCGGUGACCAAGGCAUGUCGCGGCAAUGGCUAAUUCAGCCAGAAGCCAUAAACAUUCCUUUGUGCUCCCCGAAUGGUUUUCAUGUUGUGGACGUGGCAUGUGGUCGACUUCACACACUGAUUGCCACUGAUCACGAAGUUUUUAGUCUUGGCAACAACUCUUGCGGUCAGUGUGGUCGGCCAAUAAUUGAAGAUGAGGAUUAUGCAAAUAACAGUAUAAUGCAUCAGGUUCGAGGGCUUGAAGGCCAAGUUAAAAAUGUUGUGUGUGGACUUGACCAUAGUUUUGUUCUGACUACGUCUGGCUCUGUGUACGCGUUUGGUUGCGGUACGGACGGCCAACUAGGAAACGAAACGCUAGAGUCCAAUUGGCAGCCGACUCUUGUUGGAGGCGACAUCAAAGAUGAACGGAUCAUUCAGGUUUCUUCCAGCGCCGAUUGCGUUCUUGCUUUAUCCGACAAAGGCGAUGUAUUCGGUUGGGGGAAUUCCGAAUAUAAGCAGUUGGGCAUGGUCACCGACGCUUUGCAGGUGUCCACCCCGCGACACUUGAAACUGAAUGUCGGUCGAGUGAAACAGGUUGCAGUUGGUGGAUCCGCGUGUGCACUUUUAACAACUAUCGCUUACUUUUUAGCCGAAGGUGAAGUUCAUGUGUGGGGCUUUGGUAUAAUAGGACUGGGACCGGAAAAUCUGCUCAAAGCAAAGCCAACUUUACUUCCACUGCCGCUGUUCGGUGCCACCGAGUUUAAUCCUGGUGUCCGUGUGGCGAAGCUCACCGCGGGUCUCAUGCACUUUGCAGCGAUUAACAACAUUGAACAGCUGUACACUUGGGGGAAAAACCGUUUCGGUCUGCUGGGUCUUGGCCAUGACGAUGAUCAGUUUUUUCCUUUUAAGGUGACAAUAAAUUCGAACGUUAAAGAAGUAGCGCUAGGACCUGAUCAUACGGUGGCAAUAUGUCGAACGUCUGUGUGA